CCUGGUAACGACAGCAGCUAAUAAACAGAAACACUUCGCCGGUCAUUUGUUCCCAGAGCUCAGUUCUCUCCUCCUUCUCUGUUCCGGAAUAAUAUUGAUCCUUCGCUGAAAGGCUCCAACACAGAAAGAAAUGGACGAGAUAAAGACCGAGCCGGUGGAUUUUGUGAAGGAAUUUCAAGAAUACCUGACACAGCAAACCCAGCACGUCAACAUGAUCUCAGGCUCCGUGUGUGGAGAGAAGGAGUCCCUGGAGCCGUUUCAAGCCGCUGCACCCAGAAGUGAGCAGAAUGGCCUGGACCCUCCGUCUGUGGAGGUGAGCCUGGCGAUGGAGGAUGGGUCCGAUGUGCAGAUGGACGGCCUGGAGAGGACCUGUGAUGGCAAAUACAAGUGCAGCUACUGUAGCUAUGCCAACAAGGGCAUGGCUCGCUUAAUAGAGCACAUCCGCAUCCACACAGGAGAAAAGCCACACCGCUGCCAGCUGUGCCCAUUCGCCUCAGCAUAUGAGCGCCAUUUGGAAGCCCACAUGCGUUCGCACACAGGAGAGAAGCCAUACAAGUGUGACCUCUGCGCCUUCCGCUGCAGCGACCGCAGCAACCUGUCGCACCACCGUCGCCGCCGCCACAAACUGCUGCCCACAAGGGUCGUUCGCUCCUCCUUCUCCAACAAGAGAAUGCUGAGCGCCUUGCAGAAGAGGACGGGCGCGCUUGGCUUCAGCAGGCGACUGCUUAUCAAUUUCAACCCUCCCUCCAUGGUGAUGCCAAAGUCGGAUUAUCUAAACGACUUGUCUCACAAGCUCCACUACCAUAUGAAUGGCAGUGAGUAUAAGGACCUUCCCAAGGUAGAUGAGAGUGAUAGUCACAACAGAGAUGCUAAUGGUCUGACGUUUAAUAACCCUCUGGACCAGCUUUCCACACUUGCUGGCCAGUUGGCCGACCUUCACCCUGAGUCUCAGACUGCAACAUCUCCAGACAGGGAGUUUUUAGAAGAUGAGAAGCCCAUCCUUUUACAUCAGGUCUCUAUUGACCAGGUUGCAAUGUGUUCAAACAGAAUGCAGACAUCACCUCCCAAAGAAGAAGAAUCUCCCACCUCAGGCCGCGGCAGUUGUAGUCCUGUUCCUGGCCUCGGUUUUGAGAACAACAUGAACACGCUUCCUGCGAGUGUGAGCAACAGCCAGCCGAGCACACCCCCCCCUGCCCUGAACACACUGGACCAACAGCUCUUUGAAAAAUGCCCGCACUGUGAUAUAGACUUUUCUGACAAUAUACUCUUCACCAUUCACAUGGGCUGUCAUGGCUACGAACAUCCAUUCCAGUGCAACAUCUGUGGACACAUGUGCACAGACAAAUAUGACUUUGCAUGCCACUUUGCCCGUGGCCAACAUAAAAAGUGAUUUCUUGUGACAAGGAAGCAUAUAGAGUCAAAGAUCCUUGUGUUUUCGAUAAAUUGUAUUAAACGUAGUGACACUGGUUUUA